AUGCUGUUUGGCCUCGUCUUGUUCCUUUCUCACUCUUUUUUCUCACCAUUCUUUCCCAAUUCUGCCGGGUGGAAACAGGACCCACACAUCUACUCCACCGCAUCUUUUUCAAGGCCAACAUUGACUACUGAGUGGUGGACCAAAGAUUUGUUUUUAUCGUUGGUCAGUUUCGGGAUGCGUAAGCGCGUUGGCAUGCCAAAGCUGUUACGUGAUCUGGUAAUCCCCCGGAUUGUUACUCAAUCUUCCCCAAGAUUUAGCCAGGUGUUCAUCAGAUUGCCCGGUCUCGUACUACGUCUUAGUAUAGUAGCACCGCAGAAUCAGCGGAACAGCAAGGCAGAAGGCGAGUUUGCCACGGUGAAGUUCCGAAGUCUGCCCGUCGUGGAUGGUAACCGGGCGGGCACUCCACACGAGAUCCAAACACUAGGACACGCCACGAUCCCGCCUACUAGUUGGGCGCUAACCAACGGUUAUUUCCAUCGGAGAUGCAGGGCCGAGGCGUAUCCCGGGAUCGGAUUGCCUGCUUUGGUGCGAAAGUUGGAAAAAGUUGAGGAGGGGAAAAGAAGAGAUAGGGAGAGAGGGAGAGGGGAGGAAGAGAAUAAGGCUGGGCAUGUAUACAGAUACCACAUUGAGCCAUAG